ACCAUUCACGAUAACAUUCGUGAUUUCGAUUCGGCUGCGCUGAUAUUAAAGGAAAGUACGAAAGAAAAGGAUACAAAAUGGGGACACCUCUAAAAACAUACGGGAAGAAGCCCGAUGUCUUCCAUUUUGAAGAAGGAGGAGAGCAAUAUAUGAUUGGUUCUGAAGUUGGUAAUUACCUAAGGCUUUUCAGAGGAUCAUUGUACAAAAAAUACCCAUCACUAUGGAGGAAAAUGGCAAGCAUGGAGGAGAGAAAAAUGAUUGUCGAACAGGGAGAAAGAUUUGGCCAACAUGGACUUGCUACAAAUGUGACCCUGCUGAGAGCAAGGGAAGUUGAAGAAAUCCUUGAAGGCAACGAAGAGAAAUACAGGUCCGUAUCCAUCACCACAGACAGUGCAGUGGCAAGGGAUCCUAAACCCAAACGCAGUCGUGAUUGGGUACCUGCCAUUCCUAACAGCUCACACCAUCUAGAUGCAGUACCGUGCUCCACUCCCAUAUCAAGGACCAAGAUAGGACCAAAGAAACAGAGGACAUUCCCAAUGUGUUAUGAUGAUCAUGAUCCUGCUAUUAUCCAUGACAAUGCUACUCAACCUGAUGUCCUUGUUCCUAUAAGACUUGAUAUGGAGAUAGAUGGACAGAAGCUUAGAGACACAUUCACAUGGAAUAAAAAUGAACAACUCAUAACCCCUGAGAUGUUUGCUGAAAUACUCUGCGAUGACCUUGACUUGCCACCUACGACCUUCAUACAACCCAUCUCUCAGGCAAUCAAGACCCAGAUAGAGGCUUAUCCUACAGAUACAAGUAUACUAGAUGCACAUGAUCAGAGAGUCAUUCUAAAGCUGAACAUACAUGUUGGAAACAUCUCCUUGGUGGACCAGUUUGAAUGGGACAUGGCAGAAAAAGACAACAGUCCGGAGGAGUUUGCUCUCAAAUUGUGUGCUGAUCUUGGUUUAGGUGGGGAGUUUGUGACCUCCAUUGCAUACAGUAUCAGAGGACAACUAAGCUGGCAUCAACGAACCUAUGCUUUCAGUGAAUCACCUUUGCCUACAGUAGAGAUAUCUGUACGUAAUCAAGGAGAAGCAGACAGUUGGUGUCCUUUCCUAGAAACCCUCACUGAUGCAGAGAUGGAGAAGAAGAUAAGGGAUCAAGAUAGAAACACCAGGAGAAUUCGUCGUCUUGCCAAUACUGCUCCAGCUUGGUAGGAAAGACCCGAAAGCAUCACAAUAAAGCACCAACCAACUCUUACCAACAAGUGGGGUCCAGAUCUGCAUACCGUAUUCAUAUCAAAGGCAAUUUGGAACACAGUAAAAUGGAGUUUAACAUUACACAUGUGAGGACCUGUGAUCAUUGGAUAGAUAAGACAUUCUCCAUUUUUUUGCAAACAUUGUUGUUGCAAUGCACAAAAUAAAAAAGUUCCUAUUAGAGGUUGAUUAAUAAGCAAUCCCUUGCAUUUUACCAGUAUGAUAUAAUAUUCCCCUUAUUAAAAUAUAAUAUUGUGAAAGCUCAUAAAUAAAUUUUCAAAUAGCAAUUGCAUUUUUCAAAAUUAUACUAGACAUUUUGAAAUACAGCUUUAGCUUUUUGUAUACCCGUCUAUGACAUGAAGAACAGAGAACGCUAAAUGAAUUUGAUAUUACAUAAAUGGAAUUCAAAUGUUGGAUUUAUUUUUAGCUAAUAAUAAUAAUAAUAGUAAUUGGUAUAUACAGUGAUUUUUGCCGAUGACACAGGGAAUUCUUUUUUACACCAAAGUACAAGGGCCCAUUUCACAUUGUAGACUUACAAUUAUGGUUACUUUGCCAUUAUUGUAACUUCCAUGGAAAGCUUGAUUGUGAUUAACUGUCGAGUCCUGUUACUGCGGUAGUUGCCUUGAUGAGUUACCAUAGUUUCAACUCUAUAUGAAACAGGCCCCAGAUCAUUGUUAGCAGAUGUGUUGCCAAGAAGUCUAGGAAUGUUCUGGGAAAGGGGAAGGAGUCAGCAAAGGCCUUAAAUAUUUGAAUUUUCUAACAAGGGUAAAAGGAACACCUUUUAAAUGCACCACCAUAGAAUAAUGUCAGGCAAGGGAUACAUUUGUAAUGAUUAACAUCUAUCUCUGUUAUAUGUAUUCCACAUAUUGCCUAAUGGGGAAAGAAGUUACAUGUACAGUAUACCACAUCAAGCAGGUAUAUGAGUUUGUUUGGUAAUAUGAUAAUAGCAGCAAAUUGUUAUUCACUCUUCAUGAAAUUUCAGAGUGUGUAAUGAAUAUCACAAGGGCAUUUGAUCCUAUCAAUCAGUAACAUUUUUAUGAAAAAUCAAAGAUGCAGGUAUUUUGUUUGAUAUGAGGGUGCUUACGAACUCGUCGAUACUCAAGCUUACUUUAAAAUAAUCUUUGAUUAUAUUUUGUGGUAUUAGCUUCACAGUUUUGGGAUCUCUUGAUUUUGGCACCAAACUAGUUCAUUUCUUAUAGUUAUAACUACAAGAUUGGAUAUGUUGCUUCAGAUGAUGACUGAACAAACCUCUAGAUUUAUGUUACAUGGAAUGCGAUGUGUAUUUGUUUUGUCUGUAUCAUGUAAAAUGUAAAUAUAUGUAACAUUUUGUAAUAAAUCAAUUAAACUCA